UGUGCAAAAGGCCUAAAACCCUUGGCCAAACGCGAAUCUCAAAGAUUUUCCGAGCUCUGUUCGCCGUCUUGAGUACAGUCUACGACGAUCUCUUUCACCGGACUUCUCUCGUCUCUGUUUCUUCAAGAGUCUUGAGUGAUAAAGGAGACAAAAAGGAUGAGUGGUUUUCGAGCUUUCAAAGCACAAGUGCCUAUUGAAUGGAGCCAGAGCUUGUACAUAACCUUAGUGAGAGGUCUCCCUGGAACAAGGAAGCUUCACAGACGAACACUUGAAGCUAUGGGACUUCGUAGAUGCCAUCGUACGGUUUUGCACUCAAACAAUUCAUCCAUUAGAGGAAUGAUUAACCAGGUUAAAAGGAUGGUUGUUGUUGAAACAGAAGAGAUGUACAAUGCUCGUAAAGAAGCAGAAGCCAACCACAAAGCUUUGCGCCCACCACUCGUUAUCAGUCAUUCAAGCCCUGCAACAGAUUCAUCCAACAUGUCUUGAGAGUACUUUCAUAAGAUGGUAAUCUCUUCUACCGUCAGUUCGAUAAUAUCCGCUUGAUUUUGUAGGCACCUUAAGUUUAAGUUCUCGGUAAGAUGUCCAGGAAGUAACUAGUCCUAGACGCUUUAUAAGAAAUGUUGGUAUCAGUGUGUUUGGUGCCUCUUAUGUUUUUGUAUACACUGAAUCCUUGUGUAUGUUUGCUCUCAUUUUGUCAAUCUCAAAUCUAUUGGUUUGGUUA